GGGCUGGCACUCAGAAGUCCUAGCAUGGUGAUUUUUCUCAAGUAUCGGAAUGUAUCCUUUACCCUUUCAACAGUCGUUGAUACCUAUUCGGUUGGUACUGGAAGUUCAGUAUCUGGGGUUUUGGAUGCACCUGUUUUACCGACAAUUUAUUUCACCGACAACUAG